UUAAAGUUAGUUAUACAGAGCUUUUCAUACGAAGCCAACAGUUUCCCUCCUAAUAAACGCUGAAUCAGAGAGGGAGACAGGCGGCGUUAAUUACGACGACAAUGCCGAUCGCCGCCGCCGUUAACUUCCUUUCCCCACCGCGCUUUCUUGCCGCGCCUCCCCCAAUUCCCAUCCACAUCCGCACCUCCAUUUCCACCAUUCGGCCUCAUUGUGUCGUACCCUUUUCAAACCCAUCGCCCGCCUCUAACCGUGGCGCCUUUUUACGACUUUCAGUUGCGGGAGGUGACGGCGGGAACUGGAACGGUGGACACGGAGGCGGCGGAGGAAACGAUGAUGAUGAUGGCGAAAAUAGUAAUAAUAGCUGGGAGAACGAAAAGGAGACGUUAAUGGUGUUGGGGGAGGCCGGGAGGUCAUUAGAGAGCUUGCCUAAGGACUUGAAGGCGGCGAUCAAGGAGAGGAGAAUACCCGGUUCUAUAGUGCAGAGGUAUUUGGAGCUCCGGAAAUCAAAGUGGAUGUCUUGGUUGCUCCGCCAUGGAGGUUUCAAAGAGCGACUCUUGGCCGAUGAUCUCUUCCUCACUAAAGUCUUUAUUGAAUGCGGCGUUGGUCUCUUCACCAAGACUGCUGCUGAGUUUCAACGUCGCGGGGAGAGCUUCUUUAAUGAGUUAGAUGUGGUUUUUGCAGAUGUGGUAAUGGCCAUUGUUGCAGAUUUUAUGCUUGUUUAUCUUCCAGCUCCCACUGUUCCUCUUCGCCCACCUAUCCAACUCAAUGCUGGCCGUAUUGCUAAGUUCUUCCAUAGCUGUCCAGACAAUGCUUUUCAGGUUGCUCUAGGUGGAACAUCGUUUUCUUUGCUGCAGAGGUUAGGCGCAAUAGCGAGGAAUGGUUCAAAGCUCUUUGUUGUUGGCACGGCGUCAUCUCUGGUUGGCACAGUGGUGACGAAUGCAUUCAUAAAUGCACGCAGGGCAGUUGACAAGUCAGCUGCAGAGGAAGUAGAGAACAAUAAUAAUGUGCCCAUUUUAUCAACUGCAGCUGCAUAUGGUGUCUACAUGUCAAUUUCUAGCAACCUGCGCUAUCAAGUAUUGGCGGGCGUGAUAGAACAACGGAUUUUGGAGCCAUUGCUGCACGAACAUAAGUCGGUACUGAGCGCAGUUUGCUUCGCUGUUCGAACAGGAAACACCUUCAUGGGCUCAUUAUUGUGGGUUGAUUAUGCACGCUGGAUAGGGCUCCAGAAGAGUGAAGAAAUCCAGGCUACUACAUAAUGAGAAGUUUGGCUAGUGGCUUUUCAAGAAACCAGAAGGGAGAAUCAGUAAUGAAGAUAGAGUUGAAUUGUAAAAAUAAAAUAACGUUAUAUAUGCAGAAUGAGACGAAUGACUUUUCGAUUCCAUCAUCAUUCCAUACUGAGAUCUAGCAUAUGAUUUUAAUUUGAUUCCAUUUAUAUUC